GUAAACCCUUCCGGUACCAAACGAGAUCAAGUUUUUGUAACAAUUUUAUUUUGUACAAAAUGAGUUCUGAAUUUAGUGACAUUAUUUCACCAAGAAAAGAUGGGCCAAAUUUUUACCCAACUAGCGAAAGUAAUACGCCAUACCCAAAUCCUAGUUUAUCAAGAAAUGUACAGUCUUCAAAAGGACUUCGACCACCGAGUGGAAUUCGACCUCCAAGUGGAGGACUCCGACCACCGACCGGCAGUGGAUUUGGCCACCCAUCAUUUGGCAAACCAGCUCCUCACUACACGAGAUUUCUGCGUCAACCCACUGGAUUUCAGCAACCAAAAUCCGCUAUUUGUGUUCCGGACAAAAGCUUGCAAAAAUUAAUACCUCUUCCUGGAGCACCUCAGAAACUAGCAAUGAUACCGAAACCAAUUAGAAUUCAAGGUCCAGAUUUUACCAAGUUACCAUCUAAAACACCUACGCAGUUUGCUGCUCAAAUCAGCUCAGAUCUAACAAGACUCAAACAAAUAGGAACGGAUAGGCAAGAAUUGAAAGGGAGGAAGUCGUCUGACUUAGAGAGUAUAAAGAAAAUGUACGCCGCAGAAGGCCGCACCGAGAAGGAAUCAGCUGUGUUAGAAAUGGAGGGCUUUAGGGAGAAAUAUGGUAUAACACAGAGUCCAAAGAUGCGUCAAUUGCUAGAAGUGACCGGUGAAUGGAAUCGAGAAAUUUUAGAAAACCAACAGUUCCAAGAAAGGUUAGCUCAAGCAACUCCAAUCACUCCAAAAGAUAGAGUAAAAGUGGUCCCGUCUUUAGACUACAUGAUAGAGUCUCCCGAAGCACACCAGGAUGUGAUGCAACGUUCUAGAAUAGAACUUGUUCGACGAGAAAAAAUUGACGACUACAGGCAACGGAUGGAAGUUCACAAAGAAUAUCGUAAGCUGUUGGAGGACCGAAAGAAAAAUACUAUAAGCCGCAGACCACUAACGAAGCAGGAACGCGACGAUAUUCGAAAACUUUACCAGGACGCCCAAGAGAUGCGUUAUACUACUCCAACGGAAGAGGAACUCGACAACGCCUUACGAUUAUCAGAGAUGAUGAAACUUGAAGAAGCACGCGUGUCUAUGAAGGAUUCUCCAGACAGGAUUGUGGAAGUAUUACUGCCGGAAACGUGUCCGACAGUGGAUAUAACCGGUGCAGUCGGAGAUGUUUUGAUUCCCGUGGAAAUCCCGAUCGAAGAAAUGGUGACCAUUAACAGUUUGGAUCGUAGUACGGCUAAAGUAGCAUUGAAAGCGUCUUUGAUACCAGCGCCUACCGAUGAUGCGGCCACAAAACUGUUGGAAUCAGGUAUUGAAGAAAUUACCAACACAUCCAUUCAACCAAUACCUCAAACUGUGGAUUCAAUGUACGAGAUCGAUUUGAAACUGGACCGACCAAAACGACAAAACCUUAUACAAUUACAGGGAACGUCGCGUCCUUCCUGGUUCCCCGGAUUCUAUACAGUUUUUCCUGGCCCACCCGGUUUAGUGCAAGCUACAAAAUCGCCCAGUUCGACCCUGUUAACUGCACGGAGAAAAAUUCAGCCAUUCGCUGUAGUUUAGUUGGCUAAAAUUGCAAGUAUUGACAAAGUUUGCGAUGAUCUACAACAACACAAUUUUGUAGUUUGGUAUUUCUUCUGGUAGUGCUCGCGAACUUCCACUCAACAUUUAAAUAGUAAUUAAUCAUUAAAAAGCGAGCGAUUAAUAUCCACACAA